UCGACAUCCCCUCCCAACAAACUCGAACUGCACAAAAGCAUAGCAAAAGUUUCCUUUCCAUCAACGUUAUUCUAUGUUUAAUUGUAAAAUUCAAAACUGCAUCAAUUAAUCACAUUAUAAUGUCAUAAAGAAGAUAAAACAGACUUGUACGUAUCCAGAACUACGACUCUCAAGCAAUCUUAGCGUGUCGAUCUCAUACUGUAUUUCUUUAUCCUCCUCCGCGCUUUCUCUCUCCUCUCUCUAACUUCUAGACGCACAGGCGGCACAGUCGCACACGACACGUUUAUUGCAGCAUCUCAAAUCUCAAACUCUUCCAAACCAUAACCUCAUCUCUUUCUUCAUCUUCGUCGACGGCGUACAUCGGAAAUGUCUUACGACUAUCUCUUCAAGUACAUAAUCAUCGGAGACACAGGAGUGGGAAAAUCUUGUCUGCUGUUGCAAUUUACAGACAAGAGGUUUCAACCAGUACAUGAUCUCACAAUAGGAGUCGAAUUCGGUGCUCGCAUGGUCACAAUCGAUGGAAGGCCCAUUAAGCUCCAGAUUUGGGACACUGCCGGUCAAGAAUCCUUCAGGUCCAUCACCAGAUCGUAUUACAGAGGAGCAGCGGGGGCACUUCUAGUUUAUGACAUAACGAGGAGAGAGACAUUUAAUCAUCUAGCAAGCUGGCUCGAAGAUGCUCGGCAGCAUGCAAACCCCAAUAUGACCAUCAUGCUCUUAGGGAACAAGUCCGAUCUUGCACACCGAAGAGCUGUCAGCAAAGAGGAAGGGGAACAAUUUGCAAAGGAAAAUGGGCUUCUAUUUUUGGAGGCAUCUGCAAGAACAGCCCAAAAUGUUGAGGAGGCCUUUAUACAAACGGCUGCAAAGAUACUUCAGAAUAUCAAGGACGGCGUUUUUGAUGUAUCCAACGAGUCAUCCGGCAUCAAGGUAGGAUAUGGACGUACACAAGGUACAGGCGCAGGAGAUGGAACGGUAUCACAGACAAGUGGAUGUUGUAGUUAAUAAGUGGGUGUUGCAGUGAAUUAGAAUAGAUAUCCCAUCCUUUUAUAUUUGGUUGGCCAUCAUCUCAAUGAAUGUAGCUUGAGCUUUGAGAAUGUGCAUAGCAAAAUUGAGUUGGUUAUGAACUAAUUCAAUAAACUAAUUAAACUUAAUUGGAUUGGAGUGGUGAAUGGUCGGUGUUGUUCUUAAGAA